CAUCAAAAUUUAAAUGACAAAACAAAAGAACUGUCGAAAUAAUAUUUUGUAUCCCGAAACAAAUACGCGAAGUUAUAUAAUCUUUGAUGUGAAUCUUCUCAGAAAUAAUCACGAUACUUUUUUUCGUGUGUAUUUUAUACAGUAAUGGGAUUAAAUACUUCGUCGAUGCUUCAAGACGAAGAUAUAGAACAAAUCAAAAAAGAAACUGGAUUUUCAGAAAAGCAAAUCAAAAGACUAUAUGUCAGAUUUUCACAUCUUGACUCAAGAGGCUGUGGACUACUCAGUCGAGAGGACUUUGGACGAAUUCCAGAGCUCGCUAUAAAUCCUCUGAAUGAAAGAAUCAUUGAUUCUUUUUACUUCAACAGUGAUGAAAAUGAUGAGCAAGAAGGUUGUAACUUUAGAGAAUUUAUGAAAACCUUGGCACAUUUUCGUCGAUCUAGUAAGAAAGGCCACAAUCCACUAAAUACAGCAGAAGAAAAAUUAAAAUUUAUAUUUCGCAUUUAUGACUUGGACAAUGAUGGAAAUAUAACAAAAGUUGAUUUAUUAAAGAUUUUGGAGAUGAUGGUUGGUGUUAGUAUUGGAAAAGACCAACUUGAACAAAUUGCUCAUCGAACUAUUAAGGAUGCAAAUGGUGACAUUGACGAUGCAAUAAAUUUUGAAGAGUUUAAAAAGGUAAUGGAAACAGAAGAAAUAGAAAAAAAAAUGGCAGUUCGAUUUCUACACUGAAUUAUAUUUGGACAACACUUACAUGUUUAACAAGGAAAGUAAUAGCUCUAUCAACAAUAUUUGUUUACAAUUGUAACCCUAGAAAAAUAAUUUGCACAUGUCUUUUGUGCGAAUUAAAUAAUUAAUAUUUAUAUUAACCAGUUAUGUUUCAGUUUGAUCAAGCUUGCUUUACCAAACUAUCAAUAUACUUUCAUCAUGA